AUGGACUGGGUUCUCUUCGAGGAAACCAAACUGGAGAACAGCGACCUCCACCUGAACCAUGGUCCCAAUGUUUUUGAGAAUGCAGAGAAGAUCUCCGUCGAGUCCCUCCCCGAGGUGUUCCGUUCCGACACCGCGGAUUUCUUUGAGAUUGCCAGUGGUGAGGAGCACUCAAUCGUUCAAGAAGGUGCAGAUUUUCAGGUUCUGGCUGCGUCCGAUUCUUCCUCGUCUACUACAACCCUGAGAUGUGAAGCCUUGGCUCGCGAGAAGCUGCGCAUGAAAGCCUUGUCUUUUGCCGACCUCUACGAGAUCGUCCAGCUCGUGCCGCUCCGGAAGACCAAGAAGCACAGGUGCAUCAGUGGGGGCGCCGAAACAACGGUCAACUACUUCUUUGCCGGCCUCUACACCCACGGCGUUUUCUCGGGGAUCACCAAAGGAACAGAAGCAUUGCCCUGGAACGUCAAGUCCAGCGUGCACUCCGACAGCCACAACCUCGUCGGCACCAACAUCACGACGAUGUGCUUUGACUUUUCCAGCGGAGAGCUGUGGGUUGAAGAUGAUGCAGCCGACAUCGAGGGCGACGCCGUGUUCAGGACCGACGCUUUCAACAGGACCCGGAAAGGGAAGCUCAUAUCCACCAAGGAGACACCGCUCGUCCUCGACCCCAAGCGCAAGCACUGCACAGAAGCAUGGCAAGGAGACAGAUGGACCCUCGCUUUCUUCACCCCGCGUGGUUUUCCGGAGUCCACCCCAGCCUUACGAGACCGCCUUCGAGACCUUCGUUUUCCUCUUCGUGGUCUCCCUAUCGAGGAACAUCACCAUGAUUUCGCACGUGCGCCCAGACCGCCCAAGAGCACCCGCAAGGGGUUAUGGAAGGCGGCGAAAAGGCUCGCUUCAAUGACUGCGUGGUGUACGAUGGCGGCUACUUCUUGGGCAACUACAGACUUCCCUCUCGGGAAGAAACGAGGAGCACCCACCCUGUUUGAAGUGGGCGACGUGACGAAGACCUUGGAGGCUGGCGACUUUGACUACGUCUGCAUGGAGCCCCUUCUCCCUGAGGAUCUUGGACCACCUAAUGUUUUCUCUGAGGCCAAGGACAACCUCGUGAAGUUCGAGCCCGAGACCGUUUGGGUCCAUGUCGAAAAGAUAUAA